UGUGCGCACAGCGACGGCGGGGCGAUGGGCUCGGCGCAGUCCGUGCCCCCCGAGAUGCGGGCGCUGGCGGAGCGCACCGGCUUCACCUCGGAGCAGAUCGAGCAGCUCCAUCGGCGCUUCAAGCAGCUGAGCCACAACAGGAAGACCAUCCGCAAAGAGGACUUCGACACCAUCCCCGAUCUCGAGUUCAACCCCAUCAGGGCCCGAAUUGUGCACGCCUUCUUCGACAAGCGGAACCUGCGGAAGGCGCCGGCCGGGCUGGCAGAGGAGAUCAACUUCGAGGACUUCCUGACCAUCAUGUCCUACUUCAGACCCAUCGAGAUGGACAUGGACGAGGAGCGGCUGGAGAGCUUCCGCAAGGAGAAGCUCAAAUUCCUCUUCCACAUGUAUGACGCCGACUACGACGGGAUCAUCACGCUGCAGGAGUACAAAAACGUUCUGGAUGAGCUGAUGUCUGGGAAUCCCCACCUGGAGAAGGAGUCGCUUCGUGCCAUCGCGGAGGGGGCCAUGCUGGAGGCGGCCAGCGCGUGCAUGGCCCGCACGGGCCCGGAUGAGGUGUACGAAGGCAUCACCUUCGAGGAUUUCCUGAAGGUUGGUGCCUCGCUCUGCUCCCCGCUGCCUGCCAGCACCCGGCCCUGCUCACCCCUUCCCUGCAGGUGUGGAAGGGGAUCGACAUCGAGACCAAAAUGCACGUCCGCUUCCUCACCAUGGAGGCCAUCGCUCACUGCUACUGACCAGGAGCAGGAUGGAGGCUUCCCAGCACAAGGCCUCGUUCCACUCUCUAGAACCGUAAGAGGACGUUUUCUUGGAGCAUCAGCACUUCCCGCUCAGAGCUACUGGCAGCGGGCUGCACUGCAGCCAGCCAGCCCUACAGAGGAUGCACGCAGUCACGGCUGCAUGUGCUGCACCGAUGAGAACCCACCGAAGUGGGACAGCAGCCCUUUGCAGAAACAAAAAUGCAGCUCCAUCACAGCGCUCUCUGGCUGGGUGCCCUCGUUUGCAUCAGGAAUGCUGGCUGAACACACAGUGCUGCUGUUCACACCGAACCAACCGCAGUGACGGAGCGGCAGCCUGCAAGGACCAGCCCACCCCAACCCACCGCCAGGAGCUGCAGCCGAGGGGAAGGGGAAUCCUCCUCCACUGGAGGGGACCCCACAUCCUCCAAAGACCGCAUGGCUCGGUUCCCAACAAGUCCAUGACCACCAGCCCCACUGCUCCAAGCCCAUCUUCUAGCAGCACAGCGACUGCUGCAGCUGUCAGGGCACAGCGCAGAGGGACGGACGUGUCCUUGUCACCACAGUGCAGAGAGAGAGGGGAAGUGGCUGCCCGGAAAAGGUCCUGACAUGCACUGGCAUGAGGCAACUUAUCUGCUGCUGCUUGCAGAGGCAGAUGGAGAAAGAACAAAGCUGCCCCGAGAUAAUGAGGCCGAGAUAAGGAAGGUCAGCCUCCUAACGAGCCAAGGACACUGAGUGAGAGGAGGCAGGGGGUGACAACCCUGAGGUGAGCAGAACAACAAAAGACAGCAGCUCUGUGCUCAGCCACAGGGCUCGAGCAACCCCAGAACUUACUGUGCCCUAACAGCUGUCACUUGCUGGACAGCUUUCAUCCAAAUUCUUCUCUGCUUCAUGGAUGCUUCUCUGCAAUGUCAGUGCAGUCACUGCAGCCAGUGGUCCCUCCGCUCACUGAAGCAACAUGUAGCUCUGCAGCAAGGACAGUCAGCAGCCCAAGUCCCUGCCAGCUGGGAACAGCCUCUGGUGCUGUUAGAGUGCUCAGCAUGGGGAGUGCCUCAUGCUAACCUGAGAUGUGAUGGGCCGUGGUUUCAGUGCAUGGGGAUCCGUUCACCCCAACAGACUCGGGAACAAAAGCCACAAACCACGCACAUACACAUAAAAGAAUCAGAAAACAUUUAAUUUAGAAUUGUAGAGAAUUAAAAAAAUAAUUUG